AUGAAGGUCUCCGUGGCUCUCCUCAGCCUACUGCUCUUCACCUCCCAGGUGCUUGCUCAGCCAGAUGCAAUCAAUUCGCCGGUCACUUGUUGCUACUCAUUUUUCCCCCAGAAGAUCCCUGUGCAGAGGCUGGUGAGCUAUAAGAGAAUCAUCAACAGCAAGUGUCCCAAAGAAGCUGUGAUCUUCAAGACUAUACUGGGCAAAGAGAUCUGUGUUGACCCCAACCAGAAGUGGGUCAAGAGUUCCAUCGCCUCCCUUGCCAAGAAAACCCAGACACCAAGGACUUACAGUACAACUCAAGAAACCACCACGGCCAUGACAGGAUUAUAACCCAAGAAAGGGCUACAACCCAAGAAGCUACUACAUCCAGGAGACAAGGACUAGUUUCCUCUACCUUUCCCUAUAUUUGUCUGAUAUUAUUUUAUUAUUAUGUUGUACAACGUGAACUUUGU